UGCGUUAGCGCCGGUGCGGCCGUACCGGGUUGGGGGGAUGGCGGCCACCGCGGAGCUGCAGGGGAAGUACCAGAAGCUGGCUCAGGAAUACUCCAAGCUGAGUUUGCUCAGACUGGUGGAUAUGGAUGUCAGAGGCAGUAGGGGUGCUCACAGGGAUGUUGCAGCCUCUUGGCGAUGAGGAUGCUUGACUUCACACCUGUCCUACCCCUGUUCCCAUCCUUCUGCAGCUGUCUGAGUGCAUUUGAAAUGAUUUCCUGGAUGGUGGGAGUCAUGGUUAAUCCAAAGCUCUUCUCUCUGUUUGUUCACUGAAAAGAAGAUGAAACUUUGGUUUUGAAUAUCAGAGUUUUUCUACAACAUUGAGAAAGAAAGUCAGCACUUAAUUUUCAUAUGUCUCUACAUCAAAAGGAGCUUGGUACAAGACACUGACUGCAUUUGACACUUUUCUCAAGAUUACAGAAUAACACAUUAAAUACUAUUCUUGGAACUGCUGUAAAUGACUGUACUGAGUCUAAAUUAUUCACAGAUAGAUAUGUGUUUCUUAAACUCACCUUGUGGGAACAUUUAAGGAAACUGAACUGAUUUUAGGGUUUUGUCUGUCACAGCUGUUGUCCGUUCGUAUUUCUUGUUGCUUUCUAAAGUGGUUCUGCUGUACCUUGGACAUUAAAUAUGGCUCGGGAUAAGGUAACUGAAGGACCUUGCUGCUUAAUUCCUUUGCUGUGUGGACCUUCUGACUGUAGCUUUGGAAUAUUUCAGCUACUGGAUCCACUCUCUUCUAAAAUCGCAUUGUCCAGAAGUGUUCUUUUAACUUUGUCUUGCAACUGUCAGCCUGCAAUGUUCCACUGGAUCUCUGUGGGAACUAUUUUUUUUUUUAUUCCUGUUCCUUUUUUUGCUGAACAGCCCCAGAACACUGUGGGAUCACCUUUCCAGCUGGACUAAAACAUAUCAAAUGAAUACAAUCUACCAUUGAAGAAAGAAACCAGGAUUCAAGCAAUCAUCAAGAAAUGGGAAGCUGAUGCUGAUACAAAUUUGGUGCAACUUUUCUGCCUGGAACUACCUUCUUGAACAGAAUGCUGUAAGAAGCGUGCACACUAGUGCUGUCAUGAAACUUCGAGCUCAGAACCAAGUACUGAAAAAGGGAGUUGUGGAUGAGCAAGCAAACUCUGCAUCUCUGAAGGAGCAAUUGAAGAUGAAGGACCAAUCACUGAGAAAAUUGCAACAAGAAAUGGACAGCCUGACCUUUCGAAAUCAGCAGCUUGCCAAACGGGUGGAGUUACUUCAAGAUGAACUUUCGUUAAGUGAAACUAGGGGCAAGAAGAACAAGAAAAGUGCAGAAUCUUCAUCUCAGUUGAGUCAAGAGCAGAAAAGUGUCUUCAAUGAGGAUCUUCAGAAGAAGAUAGAAGAGAACGAACGACUGCAUAUACUUUACUUUGAAGCAGAUGAGCAGCAUAAACGUUUAGAAGCAGAGCUGAGAACUAAACUGGAAGUUCUGGAAACUGAUGCUGCCCAGCAUCAAGCUGUAGUGGACAGCUUAACAAGGAAAUACACAGAUACCAUUGAAAAGCUGCAGAAUGAUAAAUCCAAAUUGGAAAUCAAGUCUCAGACACUAGAAAGAGAAGCUAAGGACUGUAGGCUUCGAACCGAAGAAUGUCAGCAGCAGUUAAAGAAUCUUCAAGCAGCUUUGGGCAGUCGACUGGAAGAAUCUCUAUGCAUAAUCAAUGAAAAAGUACCUUUUAAUGACACAAGAUCUAAUCGGUACAAUGCUCUGAAUGUACCGUUGCACAACAGAAGAUAUCAGCUCAAGUUGCGAGACCUUGCUGGCCAGGCAUUGUCUUUUGUGCAAGAAAUUGUAACAGCUCUUCUGAAUUUUCAUACGUAUACUGAGCAGAAGGUCCAGAUCUUUCCCAUUGAUUCUGCAACAGACACUAUAUCGCCGUUAAAUCAGAAGUUCUCACAGUAUCUUCAUGAAAAUGCUUUUUAUGUUCGCCCUCUGGAGGAAGGAAUGCUUCAGUUGUUUGAGAGUAUUACAGAAGAUACUGUGACAGUCCUGGAAACAGCUGUGAAAUUGAAGGCCUUUUCAGAACAUUUAGCUUCAUACUUAUGCUUUUUAAGAAAGAUUCUUCCUUAUCAGUUAAAAAGUUUGGAAGAAGAGUGUGAGUCUUCUCUUUGCACAGCUGCUUUGAAAGCUAGAAAUAUGGAGCUACACAGAGACAUGAAAAGGUUGACGGCGAUCUUUGAGAAGCUACAUACAUACGUUAGUCUUCUUGCUUUACCAAGUACGAAACCAGAAGGACUGCUUAGAACAAAUUACAGCUUGGUGUUUACAAACAUUGCUGCAAGCCUUCAUGCGUCUCAUGACAUCCUGAAAGACAUUUCCAAGCACUACAGUCAAAAAGCUACACUAGAACAAGAUGUUCCAACUGCCACACAGAAGCUCAUAACUACAAAUGACUGUAUUUUGUCCUCCAUUUUGUCUUUAACAAAUGGAAUAGGCAAGAUUGCUUCGUUCUUUAGCAACAACUUGGAUCACUUCACUUCUUCGUUGAGCUAUGGCCCAAAAGGAGGAACAGAGUUCAUCAGCCCUCUUUCAGCAGAGUGUAUGCUGCAGUACAAGAAAAAGGCAGUUGCCUAUAUGAAGACUCUGAAGAAGCCUUGUGCAGAUUCAGUGCCUUAUGAAGAGGCUUUGGCCAAUCGCAGAGUACUUCUGAGUUCCACAGAAAGUAGAGAAGGUCUCGCACAACAGGUCCAGCAGAGUUUGGAGAAAAUUGCAAAACUUGAACAAGAGAAAGAGCACUGGAUGUUGGAGGCCCAGCUAGCAAAAAUAAAACUGGAGAAGGAGAACCAAAAGCUGAAGAACUCUCUUAGUGGACAAUUAGCUGAAACUGUACAAGAGUGUUCUUUUUUAUCAAAUAUAGCUGAACAAAAGGAGGAAACUACAGAGAAGAGUCAGAGGGAACCUAUCAAAAGUACUAGUCUGAUUGGGAUGUUGACUAUAACUACUGAUAACGAGAAGAUUCCAGAUGUUGAAUCUCGUGAAGACUUGAUUAAAAAACACUAUAUGGCAAGAAUAGCAGAACUUACAUCCCAUCUACAGCUUGCUGACAGCAAAUCAGUACACUUUCAUGCAGAGUGUCGAGCACUUGCCAAAAGACUGUCUUUAGCAGAGAAGUCCAAGGAAUCACUCACAGAAGAGUUGAAACUGGCUAGUCAAAGCAUCAGUAGAUUACAGGAUGAGUUGAUGACGACAAAGAGAAGUUAUGAGGAUCAGUUAAGUAUGAUGAGUGACCAUCUCUGCAGUAUGAAUGAGACUCUAACUAAACAAAGGGAAGAAAUUGACACACUAAAGAUGACUAGUAAGGGAAACUCUAAAAAGAACAAAACCCGAUAGCUCCCAGCUCAUCAGCUGUCUGUGGAGGCUGCUGCUGAAGAGAGUGCAGAUACUGUCUGGUGCCUCUUGUUACGGAAAGCAGGGUGGUGUUGGGUCUCGUGUGAACUGAUUUGGUGCUGUACAUGGCUUUAAAAUAUUUAGCACUUCCAACAGAUAGAACUUGGUGUUGUCUCUAAACCAGGACACGUAUACUCUGUGGAUAGUUUGUAAUUACCUUCAGUUUUUACUGUGCACUUUUUAAAACUGGGUUUUAAUUUCCUGUAAUAACUUUGGCUUUUGUAUAUUUUUCAAAUAUGAUUAUGCAUUAAGAAAUUUGGUAUCAGUGCAGUUGUCUGUUUCUGAGUUAUGUUAAAUUGUCAACAGCUGUACACUCAGUUCUUGCUAAUGACAGUUUAAAAAUUAAUUUGGAAACUCUGGCCACGUGAGCUGUGCAGCUACUACUGUAAAUGUACUCCUGCCCUCUGAAAUGAAUUCAAGUGUCUUUAAAUGAUUUCUCCAAAUUCCCAUGGAUAAGUGGGAUCGUUCUUCAUCCCCACCUCUUUUUUUUUUUUUUUGUUGUUGUUAGAUUGCAAUAGUGGAAACUCUUGCUACUUGUAUUUGGCACUUUGGAUUUUGAAAUAAAGAGCACAAACAGCUGAAUUGGGAAACUUCUCUGAAAUUACUUUAAGCCCUAAUUUUGGCAUUUUGUAUACAUGUGUAUAUAUUCUGGUUGAAAUAGCUGUUAAAAGCUAUAGGAAAAUGUGAUUGUAAUUUUGCCCCAAAAGAGUGAAGCAGUAUAUGUGUGUGUAGAAUAGAUCAGCUUAUUGUGCUCUCUUACAAUGAAGAAUAUAAAAUACGUAGAACAUUGAAACACUGAAUUUGCAAAGAGUCCCUCGUGGGGUUAGUUCUGAUGGGACGACCGAGGAGCUGCACAUAGCUUUUCUUGUGCUUUGGGAAGCUUGUGAUCUCUUGGCCUCUCAAGAUUCUUUAAGUGAAGUCUAAUAAUACACGGUUUCAUGACAUCUGACUUUUUUUUUUUAAACCAGAUGUUGUGCUGCUUCACACUGAUCUUCAGUUCUAUAACGUGCAUUGUGGCACUUAGUUGUCCCAUAAGGGUUUGCUCUGAUAUCAGCUGUGUCAAUGUGUUAUCAAUAUGUAACAAUAAAAUCAACUAAACAAAA